ACUGCCGUGGCUGUUGCUGUUGCUCUUCAGUCGAGAGACUCGUGUGUUUCGUGUUCUGCGUUUUACGUUAAGCGUUGUGCGAGUAAUGGCCCUACGUCUAAGGGGUAGCAAGGAUGUCAAAAAGAGCUCGUACUACGUUUGGUAUCUUGGUGCGAGGGAGGCAAAGGGUGUGGAUGCGAUGCCCAGUGCCAUAGCUUACCUGCUCGAACGAGAACGACUUCAAGAACCUUUCAAGGUCACGUUACAGGUGAGCAGCAAGGGUCUGAAGAUUAUUCAGACUGUUCAUCCUGGAGGUUCUACUAGAUCAGCUGUGAAGCAUUUGGUACCAGGUCAUGCUGUAUUGGCUGCUGUACAACGAGAAGACAUCGUAGCAGCUACUCUGCUUUUACCAAAUCCUGCUACCAAUAAUCCAGUUCAUGUUCAUGCAUACAGAUGCGAUUCGGUUGAGACUGCUGAAUUGUUGGGUGGACAAUUGAAGGCAUUGGCUUUGCAAGCAGAUAAUUUAGGAAGAAUAUCAUCUUCCGGUGAAGGUAAUAGAAUCCGAAGUAAUUUGGGUAGCGAUGGACGAAGUACAAGGGAAUCCGAAUCAUCAGAAGGUAGCGGAGAAUUGAAACAUGAUCCUAUACAAACAACUACGAUUUACGAAUCAUUGGCAGCUGAAUUGAGAGCUAAAUUAGGUCGUGGCAAUUCAGGAGGAGACAACGACGUAGGACCUAUAUUGUUACCACCACGUGAUUAUGACACAGUUCACAGGCAUCGUGGUAACCUGGCAGGUAUCGAAUUUAGACGUUGCUUAAAUCAAACCAUAGUGGGUGGUAGCACAGCUGUUGAUCGAGGUGGUACAAGGAGUGCAGCUAGCAGCGGAAUUGGAUCGGAUAGUGCAGCUACUCCACCACCAUAUCAAUCUCAUCAUCCCUUAGGCCCAAGACCUUCGAGACCUUCGAGAGAUUCAUCUUCCGAUGACGACUGGGGUGCAGCUACAGAGGAAAGUCAUUAUUUCCAAGACGUAGAGACUACUGGUUCGAGUUUGACAUUACCAAGGCUACCUAGAAGUCCAGAAAGACAUCAAAUUCAGCAACAACAAACGAGAGGGGUCUCACCAGGUUGUAAUAGAAAUCGUAGAGCACCAGAAUUAAGACAAAGGUCUCCGAGUCCUCAAUAUCAGCCAAGAAUCAAUCCUGGAGAAGUAACCAGCCCAAGAGAGAGGUUCCAAGAUGCUAAAGAAAUGUUCAGGGCAAUGGAAAGGGAAGCCAUUGCAAGACCAGUUCUCUCAAGGCAGAGAGAGUCAGAUGGUCAUCAUCAUCAUCAUCAUGUACACAGGGUGGAAUCAUCGAGACAGGUUCACGAAGAUCGAUCUAUACGUUCCCAUCAAACUAAUAUGAAUUCUUCCUCUGUACACGAACAACAACAACAACAACAACAACAGCAACAACAAAUAAGACGAAGUCAUCCUGAGCUUGAUCGAGAAAAUGAACUUCCUUAUCGAGCAAGACCAAGACCUAGAACUCAUCAUUAUGGUAUUGAACAACCUUCGGAAUCUGAGACUACCACUAGGCCACGGCCAAGAAGCUUUUAUGAAAAUCCAAUUGUUGGGAGAGAGUUUCGUGAUCAAAGGAAUUCUAUCGAUCCUCGAGAUUCAAGAGAUUUUCGAGAUCGAGCAUACACGAGAGAAUUACGUGAAAAAGUACGCGCAAGAGCUAACACCACUUAUCAAGAAUUAUCAGAACACGAGAGAUACCCUGGUCUCGAUCGUGAAAGUGCCAGACCACCGUUGGAAAUAGUUCCGACACCCGGUAGAUAUCGUCACAGUUAUGCAGAACCACCUAGACUUGGAUUAGCUGCGUUACAUCCUUACUGACGAAUUUUAUUAACAUUGAUGAUCGUUAAUUAACGAUUUUCCUUAUUUUUUAUUUUACUUUAUCGAUCGAUUUAAAAGAUCGAUUCAGCACGUUGAAAACAUUCAUGUUUUCUAUCGUUCCUCCUUCCUUCGUUUUAAUACGAACACACAUUUCGCAUUUAUAAAAAAGAAAACGAAAACGAAAACGAAAAAAAAAAAUAAUAAAGAAAGAAAGAAAUGAAAAGUUGUUAAAUGUUCGUUAUGCUUGUUUGAUAAUGUGUAAUAACGAAAUUAUAAUAUAAGAAAAGAUAAACGGAUGAUGUUUUUAAUUUAACACUGAUCGAUUUAGAAUAUUAUUUUUCAUAUCACGACCAAGCCGUUAUCUUCCUCGUAAUAGCAAAUGAGGAAGCUAGUUAAUUAGCUGCUAUCAUUGUUAAAAUGAGAGAGAUUAUCAUUGUUGUUGAUAAUUAAUGUGAAUUAGAAAUAUUUUACUAUAUUGUUAUGCGCCAGAUCUGCCAGA